AGUAAAAUUACUGUCUUAAUUAGCCUCAUAGAAGGAGUAAUUCAUCAGUAAUUAUUGAUAAAACGAGCAGAGUCCUCCAUUCUUGACACUUGCAGGAAGUGCACAGACAAGACAAGCGUGGGUUGGAUUACGCUUUUCCCAAAGCAGAAAAUGGCGUGUGCAGAAUUAAAGUGGGGCGUCGCAAAGGGAAAGUCAUAUUGAUAUGCAGAUAGAGCGACUUUUUACGUGCGAUAUUGCAUGUUUUUGCUUUAAUGUUUUUUAAUAGCAGUGGUGAAAUCCAUGGAACGUUCCACGCAGGAACAUCUGGCCACAGGAUGCCGCGCGUUGCCAGACGAGAUGUGAACAUUACAAUGGGAAAUAUCAGCGAUCGGAUGUUUGCACAUUAACAAUCAGGGUUAAGACAAUCAAAGGCAACAUCCAAGUGCCUGCACUGAGCAAUUUCCUUUCCCAGAGCGUGACUCGUCUACACGACGUCACCAAUGCGACCAUGGGAAGUAGCAGUAAAUAGGCUGCCCGCAACAGCCCCCUUGAACCCGAGGAGGUUCCUUGGAGAGCCCUGUCACGUCCCUGUGCAUCUCAGGAGAAGCCCACCAGUGAGACGCCAGUGGGGGAGACGAGACAGACCUGUGCUGCACACUUCCCUUGUCCAUGAUGAGAAUCUCCAUCAUCUGCUUUUCUCCCAACAUCACCAACAGGUUCCUAUAGAUGAGUCGAGACAAUUCAGCCACACCAGCACACCGCCACGCAUGCUUCACCCUGCUGCCCACAUGCCUCAACAGAACCCUAUCAUGGUGGAUCUACAAGAGCAGAUGCACCAGGGCUCCGUUCCAAUAUCAUACACUAUUACGACGGUGACAACCCACGGGUUUCCCAUCCACACUGGCCAGCACUUACCAGGGUGCAACGCUCAGCAGCUCCCAGCAUGCUCGGUAAUGUUCAGCGGACAGCUCUCUCUGCUCUGCUGCCUUCCUCCUCCUCUCAUACAGGCAUGUACCAUGCAGCACAUGCCAGUGUCGUAUCAAGCCUUCACACCCUUGAUCUCCAGUGAACAUUUUGUAUUGCACCCAACCCCAUCUGUACCCCCCCACCAGCCGCCGCACCUUACUCCUCUGAGCCAGUUUGUCCCUUUACAACCUCAGCACCCACGCAUGCCUCUACAGAGGGUAGAGAAUGAAGUUGACCUAAGAGGGGACCAUCACCCAUUAGGAACCUUCUCCUACCCUCCCUCGCAUCAUCCACCAGCGCUGCCUCCUUCUCUGCCCAUACAGUAUCUUCCUCAAGAGCCUCUGCAUCAGGAACUUCCCUUCGGAGUGCCAUAUCCCCACAUGCUGCCCCGGCGAGCGAACGGACAGAGAUACCGGUUACAGCAGCCUCUCCCUCCUCCCCCGCCGCCUCCAUCCUACUACCCAGGCUUCCUCCCUUACUUCCUCUCAAUGCUUCCUGUGCCUCCAACAGCUGUGGGCCCAGCCAUCAGUCUUGAUCUUGAUGUGGACGAUGUGGAGAUGGAGAACUAUGAGGCUUUGCUGAACCUGGCUGAGAGGCUGGGUGAAGCAAAACCACGUGGACUCACCAAGGCCGACAUCGAGCAACUUCCAUCCUACAGGUUCAGCUCAGAGAAUCAUCUAUCUGAACAAACGCUGUGUGUUGUGUGCUUUAGUGACUUUGAGUGUAGGCAGCUACUUCGGGUAUUACCCUGCAACCACGAAUUCCAUGCCAAGUGUGUGGAUAAAUGGUUAAAGACCAAUCGCACUUGUCCCAUCUGUCGAGCCGACGCAUCGGACGUGCACCGGGAGGCAGAGUGAGCGCUGUGGCCGUGCACUGAACUAACAGAGUUAGUCCUGAAGCUGUAGACGCCUGCGACUUGACCUGCAUCCUCCAGUAACUACAGCUAACAACCCACUUCCUAAAUAAGCACUCCGGGAUCCUUCCUUAGAGCCUGUAGUCUCGUGAAAAAUCCGCUGCAGCCCAAAAGGCGGAUCGCUGGGAUCACAUGUUGGUUUCUUCUCUGCCCUCCCGCCAUCCUUCCUCCUCCUUGUUGCAGAUUCCAAAGCCCUCAACCAAAGCCCUCCCGCCAUCCACGUAUUAUCUGCUGCUUUUGUUUACAGGGUCUGCAUAUGUUCAGUGGUGGUGUUCAUGAGCGACACAAUGAACAAAGACUAUUAGGAACACCAUAGAUGCAUGUUUGUAUUGGGCCAUACAUGUCCUGCAAUACUGUAGUCAUCAUUUCUACACUUUUAGCCCCUUUUUUGUUCAACCCGAGCUUUUAGACCGCAAGUGAUGUGAUGUGCAUCUAUUGGGGAUCAUCCUCCUCAGGUGUGUGAAAAAGAUGGACGGCAUCAUUUCAAGGUCAUCUAGCAUAUCUGCACAAGUGCUUACAUCCAUCCUGUCCUGUUCACAGAGCCAAUGUAUUGUGUAACCACUGGAUACAGGGCGGCAUGUUCGGAUUUGCAUGAACUGUCGAUUCCGACUAGCAAUAUUUAAACCAAGCAUUACCACCAAAAUGAUCAAAUUUAAUAGAAAAAAAAGGCAAACUGCUUGCUUCGCUGGGAGUCCGGAUGGGAAAAGCGUGUGCAUACAGCAAUACGUGCAGUGGUGAGCUUUUGAGUGGACUUUUUUAUCUUCCUGUUUGAGGAAGACGCGGCUGCGUGUUUUUUGUUUGUGAGCCAAAUCCAAUAUAUAGAUAUACUUUUCAAGAGUUUAGAUCGCCUUCUUAUGACCUUGACAAGCACAAACCUAUUAUUACUAAUCACGAGAAAUACUGUGUCAUUUUCACCAUUUCUAAAAAGGUUUAUUUAUUGCUUUUUAAUCUUAAAUCUAGAGAACAUGAGUUGAAGGAAAGCGUUUGGAGCACUAACAAUGUUUGGUAUGUGUUUAUACUCUGGUAUUGUGGUCAGGUCAUCCGCUUAAUGGUGGUGGUUUAAAAAAAAACACACACACACAAAAAAAGGAAAAAAAAGCAAGUAUAUGUACACGUUUUGUGUGAAUGCGUUUAGAUUUGAAGACAGAAGAAUGUUGUAGAUGUCAUGGUUGCACUGUGUCGCAUGCCGGCCGUCUGCAGCCCAAAGUGACCCGCACGGGGUUCAAACGACGGAAUGUGUUCGGUGGUGUGGAAACACUGUUGGACUUGAAUUUUCCUGCUUGUGUUCACACUUAAAAUAAAACGGAACUGCUCCCAGUAAGCACUAACCAGGCCGUUGUAAGCGUUGCUUUUCCAUGUAAAGGGAUCUUGCCUUUUUCUUUACUUCAGUGUCUUAAGUGAAUGUGAGUCUUGACAUGUGUGUGCCACCUUUUUAAAAGACAAAAAAAGAAGCCAUUUAAUGAGUUCUACCCACAGCUUUGAGAGUUAAUCUAUGUGUACAUAUCUAUCCGCAGGCUAUAUUGUACGUUUAAAAAAAAAAAAAAAAAAGAAAAUCACUCAGGGCCACUCGGUGUAUAAAAAUAUAGGACAAGAGGAGUCUGUCAAUGCCAUGAAAAAGAAAUAUUUGAAUUUAUGUUGGUCAUUUUUCCUCUGGCCACAAACAAGUUCAUGUAAUUAAUUAUAUUAAAUAUGAGGCAUGUUUUAAAAAACAAAACAAAAGAGGCACUGUACACUGCGAGUCAUUUACAAAGCAGUUUGACGUUAUUUCCUGUGGUCCACUUCUCAAUGUGCACACUUCGUAAUUCACCCCAGAAGGUGUUUGCAUGACUCUUAAAAACAAAAUGAAAAUAAUCCAAGCAAGUGUGUUCUGGGCGGCGAGGGGGACCUAUUUAACGGUGCACAAUAUGCAUGUUCUUAGUUGGCUUCUGGAGGGUUGAAACUUUUAACGCUCAGCUGAUAACUGCCAUGCACUGUACUGCACAUAUUUCUAAUAGAACUGAAUGACUACAAGAUUUUAUUGCGCUAACUUCAUUUUAUAGAAUUUCCACAAAAAAAAGUCUUGAGUCCAUAAAUUCUUACAUAUGUUGUGUUACUGUUCUUGCCCUAAUGACUGAAAACCUGCUCUGAGACUACUGUAGUUUGAUCAAAAAGCCAUAGUGACAAGGUGCUAGAUGUUCUGCUUUUAGGUAUGAAUGCAAUAGUUUGUCAUGGAUCUCAUGUAUUCUUAAAGCAUGUUAUACUAAUACCCCAGUGAAAGUCAUUAUAGUUUAAAAGAAAGUAAGUGUUGUCAUACUUAAUCCAGUGUAAUACUAUACCUGCCUCUAAGGCACUUGCUCUCUCCGUGUAUCAAUAUCUUCAAAUGUAUUGUUCACCUAUACUUCAUGUUAAUAUUAGCGCUUAUUUUUGCGGGGAGCAACUAAUUGACCCUACUAAUUGAAAAGAGAAGCUCCCACUAUAAAGACAACAGAAAAUAUAGUCUUGUAGUCUUUCUGUUAAGUUUCUUCAAUAACCUCACUUUAAAAAAUGUUAAAAAUGUGUUUCCAAUAAGCAGCUAAAAAUGUUUGGACUUGUGAUUGACUGCUUUGUAGAUGCCAUUUAUCGUUUACCAAUAUUUUUUUUUGCUGUGGUGGAAUUGAGAUUUACGGUUGUUACACUCCCUGGCCGCUAGAGGUCCCCUUCUGAUCUCUUGCCUAGCCGCCCACCCACCAUCAGAGCCGAGCCACGUGUUCUGUGUUAGGCAGAUCUUUUUGAUUUGGUACUUGCACAUUUACAGUUACCUCAUUUUUCCAUGUUUGUAUUACUGGGGGGUGGGUGGGAGAAAACAACUAAUAUAUAUAUAUACGUAUAUAUAUAUAGAAAUAUAUAUAUUACAUAAAGGAAAUGGUUAUUUUAAUUUUUCAUUCCAUUGGAAUCAUUGUUUGUAGCAUUUAACAUUAGUGUAUUAUAUGCAUCUGUAUACUGUUUGAAAUUUUUAAGAUUUGUACUUUUUUUAAAUGAAAGUUGCUAGUUAUGCUUUACCAAGUAGUGCAAUCAUUUUUUUUUUUGUCGCUGAUUGGAAAGGGUUGUUCACUAAUAAAUGUGUUAUGUAUACCAAUA